UCCUUAUUUAUUUCUCACCCAAGCUGCUUUCCUCUUUCUCACUCAUCUUCUCUCUCUCUCUCUCUCCUCCUCCUUCAGCUGAUCAAGUCUUAAAGCAGAGACCUUUCUCGAGCUUUUAUCUCUGUUUUCUCACGUUGGGACUCUGUGACUAUUCUCUCUUUUAAAUUUCAGAGAGAGAGAGAGAGAGGGGGCUCUCUUUCUUCUCUCUGGUUUUGACCUUUCAAAUAAAUAAGAGUAUAGAGGGUUGAGGAUCAUAAUCUAGGAAAAAAAUCUUUUUGGGUUAUUGAAUUUGAGAGAGUUCUGGUCAUCAAAAUGUUUGGGUGUGAGUGUUGGUGCUGGAACAGUGAACCAGAGUUUCAUUACUCUGAGCCUCAACCCUUCUCUUUACCUUCACCACUUCCGGCAUGGCCUAAAGGCCAAGGUUUUGGAACCGGAAGAAUAUCUCUUGGAGAAAUUGAAGUUGCCAAAAUCACCAAGUUUGAGAGCGUUUGUAGUCUACAUGGAAAACCAAAUGGGGUUUCAUUUUAUAAGCCUGUAAACAUUCCUGAAGGUUUUUUCUGUCUUGGUCACUACUGCCAGCCCAGUAACAAGCCAUUGAGAGGUUACGUGCUUGUAGCUCGUGAAGCUUCUACUCCUAAGCCACAAGACUCUGAAUCAAGCUUACCCGCACUGAAAAAGCCUGUUAACUAUUCUUUAAUCUGGAGUGCAGACUCCCAUAAUGAUGGUUGUGGUUAUUUCUGGUUGCCAAAUCCACCAACUGGUUACACAGCGGUGGGCUUUGUUGUCACUAAUAACCCUGAGGAGCCCAAAGUUGAUGAAGUUAGGUGCGUCAGAGAAGAUCUUACUGAGACUUGUCGAACAGGUGAUGCAGUAUUCACCAUGGAUUCAAAGUUUUCCAAGGAUGCAUUUCAAAUUUGGAGCACAAUGCCUUGCGAGAGGGGGAUGUGGUGCCAAGGAGUUUCAGUUGGUACAUUCUUCUGUAGUAGCUAUUGGAAUUCUGAGAAAGAUUUAUUUAUCGGGUGCUUAAAGAAUGUGAACUCCUGUCUGGAAGGAAUGCCUAAUCUUGACCAAGUUCAUGCUCUCAUUCAGCAUUAUGGGCCUACUUUAUUCUUCCAUCCUGAUGAGGAAUAUUUGGCUUCUUCAGUACAAUGGUUUUUCAAAAAUGGGGCACUUCUCUGCAGAGAUGGCUCUAAUAAGGUUGAACCUAUCAAGUUUGGAGGCUCAAACUUGCCUGCUGGAGGAAUGAAUGAUGGUGAGUUUUGGAUAGAUUUGCCUGGUGAUGAUGAGGCAAAAGAACAUCUCAAGCGAGGAAAUAUGGAGAGUUCGGAGCUUUAUGUUCAUGUGAAACCAGCACUGGGAGGGACUUUUACUGAUAUAGCUAUGUGGGUGUUUUGCCCUUUUAAUGGACCGUCCACCCUUAAAGUUGGUUUGUUGACCAUUGCAAUGAACAAGAUAGGAGAACAUGUGGGUGAUUGGGAGCACUACACCCUUCGUGUGAGCAACUUCACCGGAGAACUGUGGGAAAUCUACUUCUCAGAACACAGUGGUGGUAGAUGGGUGGAUGCUUCUGACUUGGAGUUCAUCCAAGGGAACAAGGCAGUAGUUUAUGCAUCAAAACACGGCCAUGCUAGCUACCCACAUCCCGGUACAUACAUUCAAGGCUCGACAAAGCUUGGAAUAGGGGCCAGAAAUGAUGUUGCUCGUAGCAAGUUUUUCAUCGAUUCUAGUACAAGGUAUCAGAUCAUUGCAGCUGAGUAUCUUGGUGAGGGAGUUGUUGCAGAACCAUGUUGGUUGCAGUAUAUGAGGGAAUGGGGUCCAACAGUAGUGUAUGAUUCUCGAUCAGAACUAGACAAAAUACUUGAUAUUCUUCCAUUUUAUUUUCGAUUUUCAGUUGAGAACUUAUUUGAUUUGUUUCCAACUGAGCUUUAUGGUGAGGAAGGACCAACUGGACCAAAGGAGAAGGAUAAUUGGGAAGGUGAUGAAAGAUAUUAGUUUUGCCAUGCUAAUAUGCCACUUAUCAUAUUUCAAAGCUAAAACUUGAAGAGCUUGGUUCCUAAAUGCAAUACUGAAAAUUGUAUAUAAACCCGUUUUGGGGAUGAUACUCAGUUUUUCAUGCUGCAGCAAAACGCUUUUGGCAGCACAGCAAGAAGGGCAUUUAUGGUAGUUUCAGGAUGAAAGGACAUGAAUAUGUUUAGUUACACAAUAUGUCUUCUCUCAUUUACUAGAAGUCUACACUGUGUGUGUUGAAGGUGACAGUUAGCAGAUAAUAGAAUUGGAGUUGGUCUUUCUGUGCCAUCAAUCAUCCAAUGUUAGCAAGAAUUCCUGGCUCUUGGCAGCCAUAGAAAGACACUGAAACUCUCUCUCAAACCAAUCAAUUGAUAUUGUUGUACUUGAUCGGUCUGUGGAGUGAUUGGCUUGUUGUAUGUUAUGUACUAUUAUUUAUCAUUCCAGAUGAUUGUGGUUUGUAAUUGUGGGGUUCGUUUAAAAUAUUCAAUACGAUUGAUUUCCAUUGUAAGAUCA